AUAAUCUCCGAUUCCUGCGAGUCCCAGAUGAAGAUCGACCCAUGUCUAUUGUUUAUGUAUAUUCAGCCUCGUAACCUAAUUGUAGGAUAUGUACGAGUAGCCCAGCCAGUUGAACAUCACGAUUCACCUCGGUUGCACGAGUAGAUUGACAAGGUUUUGCUGUGGCUCGUGCCAGCUUCAUUCAUUUAUUACCCAUUUCUAGAUUCCUACCAACUUCUCCCUCGAUUCCCCUGACCCUCUCUCGUCUUUUACCUUCCAAUACGACGCUUGGAAUAGUUACUUAUAUUUCGGUAUUGGGAAAGAGCCUGGCUUUUCCAUUCGAGAGUCGGAUUUCUCUUCGGGUUCUUGAGUUUCGUGUUUUUAUCACAAUUCCUUAACCUCUGCGAAUAAUGGAUGUUAUCCGUCCUCGCAGACCACAUCACAAGAGUAGAACAGGAUGUCUUCAAUGCAAGACAAGAAAGGUCAAGGUACGUGAUUCUUGUUGGCUUCAUCUGAACGAAUGAGUUCCAUACUGCAAAACUCCAAUCUAUGAUCACUGCGCGCGCCAAUGGAACAUCCUUGUUACUGGCAUGGAAUGCUCUCUGGCGGAUCUAAUGCCCUCAGUAUACUUGUCGACGUUACAGCAGCUCUAUUUACCACAUGUUUUACCUUCCAUUCUCAAACUGUGGUUCUUAGCUGACGAUAUAACCAAAAGUGUGAUGAGAAAAAGCCAUCAUGCCAAAAAUGCGAAAAUUAUGGUUCAACAUGUUCUUAUCUGCAUACACACCCAAUGAAGAGUCUUCAUAGUCAAGAGACUCAAUGCAGUACAAUGAUGCGGCGAAACUCAAAGUCAAAAUCACCAUCAGCGGAAACCUUAUCUGCAAAGCUUGAGUUGAGUCCUAGGCCGGUGCUCUCUCCCACUCCAUCUCCUGGUCCCCCGAGCCAUUCAUUUUCCAUACUUGACAUGGAACUUCUCCAUUAUUACACCAUGUAUGGUGUUUCAGAUUUCGCCGACUUUGCUAGGGGACAGGAACUCUUUCGAACUACUGUCGUAGAAUUGGCUUUCCAAUAUCCGUUUCUGAUGCAUGAGAUACUUGCUUUUGCCGCCUUGCAGUUAUCAUAUGCUCGUCCCCCUAAAGCUGCCUACUAUCACGAGGCCUCAACUACCCACCUCACCACCGCCCUUCAACUAUUCCAACCUGCAAUUUCCAACGUCACCAAUGAAAAUUGUCACGCAUGCUUCGCAUUCACCAUCAUGUUGUUCAACUUCGCUUGGACAUUACAAGACUCGAAUCUUCCCAACCAUCUCUUCUUCGGCCCGGAUGGUGCCGAAAAUGAAAGCACAUUUCCCCACUCUCAGUGGGUGAGACUCUGUAGAGGUUAUCAAUUGGUAAUGAAAAGUACAUGGGAACAUCUACAUCAAGGCCCAUUCAAAGUCUUAUUCGACCCCUGGAACAAUUUCCACGAAGACUACAUCCCGCAACUCGACCCAGCCGACGAUAUCCACCUCUCCUCACUAUCCAGCGCAUGGUCCAGCAACUCUCCAUGCAAUCUCCCCCUCGAACAACGACAAGGAUUAGAUCGCGCACUGGAUUUGUUGAAACGAGUUUUUGGCCUCCUGAGAGCCCCCAAUGCACCAUCACCUGCUAGCGUGGUCAUGAGUUGGUUUUCUUCAAUCCCAGACGAGGUGGAGGUGAUGAUGGCUAGGAAAGUUAAAGAAGCUUUGUUACUCAUUACCUACUAUUGCGUGUGUAUACAUCGCGUAGCUAAUUUGUCGUGGAUGACUGGAAAGGGGAAGAAUCUGUUGAAAACUACUUUGGAUGUUUUGGGUCCUGGGUGGGAGACAUGGACGGCGUGGCCUAUCGAGGUGGUUCUGGGGAGGGAGUGGAGAGGUGGAAAGACGAUGAGUGUGGAUUUUAUUAGUGGUGCAUCAUGAGGAGUUUCGGGGAUUGCGUGCAUGCAUUUGAGAAAUGGCGUUAGGUAUACCAGUGGAGGGAGGGCAUUGCAUUUGUUGGCAUUUCACAGGCUGCAUUUUUUGACAUACUUAGGACUAGCAUGCAUGUGGGUGAUUAGCAAGUCUUGUUUACUGUUCUCAUAUCAAAUAAUACCCCGAUGAU